GGUGGAUGGAGUGAUGUGAUGUGAGUAUUGAGAUCACUGCCUUUUAGCUUGAUAGGCUGUCAAUACAUAAAUGAGGAUUUAUUGUACUAUGUUAUUGUAAUUAUUAGCACCUUGCAGAUUAAUUUGUUGUUUUAGUGUAAAAAUUAUGUAAGAUAUGACAGAAAGUGCAAGUGAGAGCAGUUACAUUACUGCUUCCAGUGUGAACCAAAUUCGUAAACUGCGGAAGAAACUUCGACAAAUCGACAAAUUGAAACGUUUACAGAGAGAACUGUCGUCAGAAGAAAUGGAAAAGAUAAAGACCAAAGAUUCUCUCCGCUGCGAAUUACACGAGUUGCUUGAAGGACAAGAACAAGCCAUGGUUGCACUAACUGAAAAGGUGCAAGACACAUCGGUGGUAGAUGAAGGAGCGACAAGGAAAGUCAACGCCUUAGUGGAGUUUGACCACAAAAAUCUAAAUGAUGAGGUUAAUGCUGCAAAUAGUGAGAACUGUAGAUACGAUAAUGAGAAAACUGAAAUUAACGGUGUGCACGACCUAAAAACAGACGAAGAACGUGAAAAAGAUAACGCUGAUCAGGAGGAUAAAAUAAAAAGUUAUCAGUCUACUCCUACUGAAACAACCGUAAAAGUAGAUACGGCGCUAACUAUUACGCGUAAGUCCUUAAGAGAGCGUAAACCCAAGAGUAGUGUCGAAAGUGCAAAAACGAAACCGGGAAAUCCGUCUAUUACAGAACAGUUGUUCCAAGACCUGAAUCUUAAAGUUGGGUUGUUAGAAGGCCAUCACGACGACGCGUGUGCGGUUGACUUGUGUGGAAAUUUUGUUGUCAGUGGAAGUCGAGAUACAAGUUUGAAAUUAUGGAUAGCAUCUUCGCGUGAAGAACUCAAAAGUCUAGGUGGACAUGACGCAGCUAUUACUGGUGUAUGCUUUAUGAGAGAUAAACCGUUUUCCACUUAUCCGAAUGCCGUGACGGCGUCGUAUGAUUGUUCGUUAAGAGUUUGGGAUCUCGAGAAAGGGGAAACUAUGAAAUCCAUAUACGUGUAUUCACCUGUGCUUUGCCUCGAUUAUUCAGCUGGUGUUGUUGCAAUCGGGACGGAGGGGGGUAAGGUUGAGUUGUAUAAUGUUGAGAGCAGUCAGCAGUUGUUUACAGUGAGAGCACACGAAGAUGCUGUGUCAGCUGUAAAGAUUUUAUCUGAUCGUAAGAUUGCAUCGGGUUCAUCUGAUGGCAUCAUUAAAAUUCAUGACCCAAAAGUUGGUGAUGCUGCCAUCUUUGUGUUGGAUCUUGCUACCAUCAAGAUCAAACAAGAAAGUAAAGAAAACGUUGCGGCUACACCCCUACUAAAUACAUCAAAGAUUAACUGUAUUACGUCAUGGAAUGAUUACGUCAUCUAUGGUGAUGAUGGUUUUAACGUGAAAGUAUUGGACUAUCAGAAGGGAGAGGUCAUCAAAUUGCGCAACAACUUAAACGAGUACUGUCCAACAGAAGCGUUGAGUAUUGGCGAGGUUCAAGGUCGUCCUUUCUUAUUCAGUGUUGGUUCUGAUGUUGAUAAAGGCGAUGGGUAUAUUAAUGUUCGUUCCUUACCAGACUUUCAGUAUCUUGGAACUAUACGAGAUACAAAGGAGAAUUCUGGUUCCAUCACCACAUUCCGUGUUGAGGAGGUAGAUUCUAAGCUUUGUUUCGUUACUGGUGGUAUGCAGCUUCGAGUAUGGGAUCAAGCACGGCGAGCGAAGAAGAGAAAAGGCUCUAGCGAGGACAAUUCGCUAAUCCCAUGCAAGUUCAUCUGUAGCUACACAGAAUGCAAAGAGUCAGAACCUGAAUCAGAGAGUGAUAGCGAAUCGCAAACGAGUAGCAAAGAAGCUUCGGUGAUAUCAGAACAAGCGAGACAAAGUUAUUGCGUCAUACUGUGAUUUCGUUACUAAGCUCGAUCGAGAGAGAAACUGGUGUUGUGGAAAAUUAAGUUACUAGCCUCAUAUUAAAUAUAGGAUUGUAUAUAUCGAAAUGUUCAGAUUUUAAAAUGAUUUGCUUAUUUAGGCGUUUGUAAAUAAAUAUUUUGGAGUAGAUUUAUUUAAAAAACUUAAA